AUGUCUUCCCUUGCAAAACUGCCCCCCCUCAUCCAACAUCACUACCAUGACGAUUUGGAGUCGCUUUUUUACAUCUUGGUGCACAUCUGCAUUGAAUUCAGGGGUCCUCUUGGAGUUAGACGUGAUCUCUCAGCUGAUAGGAGUCAAGAAUGGCUACCGCAUCUAUGGUCUGCUGGCACAUUACAAGUGGGCGGCGAUUUGAAGACUUUGUUUUUUUUUGCACCCAAAUGUGCACAAACUCCAGAAACAAUUCCACCCCUACUUCAGGAUGCUACUCCCACUUGCAAUGCAAUGGUACCACCUGAUCAGGAACAAAGGUCCAUUGAAUGCAGUAACAUUCCAGGAGGUCCUUGA